GGUCGAUGCUAGUUGAAUAUUGCAAUAAAUAAAUUAAAAUCAGUGUUGGAGGAAUAAAAAUUGAAUUGUGAAGUGAGAAGUUUUGUAAUAACAUUGAAGAAGUUUACUUUGGCUUUUUUGGUGAUGAUUAUUGACUAUAGUGAAUGUCAAUCGAAAACUGUUUUUGAAAUAUAAGCUGACGAAAGUGAAGUUACACAAUCAGCACUCUUGAUCAUAGUUCGAUGAACUUUAAGUUAUGAUUUCUUAAACAUUUAAUUAAAAUUAAAAAAGAAGAAGAAAAAUAAACAUGAAAGUUCUGUCUUAUGUUAUUUGCUUAAGCAUAGUUUUGUUGAACUUUAUACCGGCAACAAACGGUCAAGAAGAAUAUUACAGCAGUCGCUACGAUUCACUUGAUGUCGAUGCGCUUUUUAAGUCGAGAUUACUGAACAAUUACGUUGACUGCUUGCUUGACAGGAAACCAUGUCCGCCUGAAGGAAAAGAUUUGAAGAGAGUGUUGCCUGAUGCAUUACGAACACGUUGUGGUCAGUGUACGAAAAUUCAGAAAACGAAAGCACUUGACGUCAUUACAAGACUUUAUUAUCAACAUCCACGUUUGUACACGGCUUUGGCUGCACGCUAUGACCCAACAGGCGAAUAUACAAAAAAUUUUGAGAACUGGUUUGAUGAACAAAAUGCUGUGAAGCCACGACCAUCUGAUACAAUUGACAACUCUCGAACAACGAGAAUUCCAUCAACUUGGAUCACAACACAAACAGCAAGAAUAACGUCACGACCCACACCACGAUCUACAUUUAGAACAUUGAGAACAAGUGUCAGAACAACAACUCAACCUCAAUUUAGAGGUAAUCCAAUACCAACAGCGUCUUUAGCUGCUCAAACAAAUCCAAGAAGAAUCGAAACAACGACAAGAUUCAUUUGCAUUGAUGGAUCAACAGACCCACGAUGUCCACCAAAUUGUUUCAUUAAUCCCAAUGAUUUGAGAUGUCCUCGACCAACAACAACUCCAAGACGUAUUGAAACAACUUCACGAUUUGUUUGCUUUGAUGGAUCAACUGAUUCAAGAUGUCCACCAAAUUGUUUUGUAAAUCCGUUUGAUCCCAGAUGCCCACGUCCCACAACAACUCAACCAACAACUACAACUAGAAGAAUCGAAACAACAACAAGAUUCAUUUGUACAGAAGGAUCAACAGACCCACGAUGCCCACCAAAUUGUGUGACCAAUCCAUACGAUGAAAGAUGUCCAAGAUCAACAACAACAACUACGCUUAGAACUUUGCCACCAACAACUACAACUGAAAGACCUUCAGUUGUUCCUAUUACGCAACCAACAUUCAUUCAAAGAUCUCCAGCAACAACGGUGAAGCUUGAAAGUCCAUCAAUUCUUGUUGAAUUACCAAAAGCUGAAGCUCCAUCGUCCAUCAGAACAAUCAAAGAAGAAUCUUCAGGUUUUAUUUGUCAGCCUCGAUCAAUUGAUCAAAGAUGUCCACCUGAUUGUUAUCCUGGCAGUAGAGAUUUUAGAUGCCCUAAGGCAACGACGACGACAACUACAUCGACAACUUCGGAAACUCCAUCAACAUCGUCAUCAAUUUCUUACAGAAUUUUACCAGUUUCUGUGAGGCCAUCGUCGGCUUCUGAACCUUCAUUUAAUCAACCAACAAAUGUCGCAAAUAAAGAAACCUUCAAACCAUCAACAAAAGCAUCUGAAACGUCAUUCCGAGUAUCACCAACAACCUCUGUCAUCACUGAACCGUCAUUUAAUCAACCAACGAAUGCUAAUACUAAAGAAACUGUCAGACCACCACCGAAGGCUUCUGUAACACCAAUUCGAGUUCCACCACCAGUAACAGUGCGAACUUCUGUCAUAACAGAGCCUCCAUUUAGGAGAACAACGAAGAUCUUUACACCACCACCAACACCACGACUACGAAUUCCAUUUUUACCGGCUAUUCAAAGACGCCCAAUUGAACAACAACAACCACAACCUGAUUUCCAACCGAGUCUCAUCGACAACUUUUUUAUUCCUAAUGGAAAUAGACCGUUCCGAAGAUCAAUUGAUAGAAUCAUAAGUAGGACAGGCGAAGUCGUUAAUAAUGUGGCUGGUAUGGUUCGGUCGACAGUUAAAGUCAUUGCUGGUUAAAACGUUUAAAUGAAAUGGUUCGUCUUCUGUCGUGACUUGAGAUGGUUAAAUAAGUAAAUUAAACAAGUUAAAUGGUUUUUGUUCUUUAAAUUGAUUUUAUAUUGUAACUAAAAUUUUCCAUCAGUUGUUUAUUUUGUCUUCGAAACUGAAUCUUUAAUCUUUUCCUUAUUUUUUUUCUAAGACGUCAAACGAUAAGAAACAAAAAAAAAAAACAAUUUAAUUCUCGUCGUACAGUAUUUACAUUCUGUGAAUGCGGGAAUUAAACAUUUUGAUUGAAUUCAAUUGAAUUUAUUUUAAAUUUAAAUGCUUUAUUUCGAUGAAACCUUGGCAAAAACGAAACAAGAAACUAUUGCUGUGAUUACAAUAUGUUAGGUUUGGAUUUGUUGAUUGCAACUAGAAUUGCUUGAAUGUUCUAUGAGUUAUUUAGAAAUUUGAUUGCGAAUUAAUUUAGAAUCGAUUGGAAAUUAGUCGCGCUUUGUUCAUGAAUCAGCUUUUAGUGAAAUAAUAAAAAGCGUAACUUGAUAUGUGAAACUAAUCACGAUAAUAAAUUAUUUAAUGAUGUUAACCUUUUACUUAAUAUAUUUUCUUUGUGACUUUUCAAGAGUUAACAAGAAUUGAACUCAAUUAAAUUGUGGAAUGUAACGAAAAUUUCUCAUUAAUCUGGAGCCUCCUUUCCUUGUUCUUU